ACGUGCGUCCAAGGGGCUCUUCACUUGGCGGGACGAGCACAGGCAUCGGCAGCAGACGGAAUCCAAGAAAGCAACUUUACCACCUCGAAGUGGAAUGAUUCUUGUGGUGUGAGGAUGCUGUGGAAGUCCCUGGAGGCCUGUAAAGACUUGGUUGAUGAAAUGCAGAAGAGAACACCAAAUGGACCUCUUGUGAAACAGAAGAUGGAUCAGACGUUUGCUCUGAGAAGAAAAGAGGUAGUGGAGUCGGAACCUGCCAUAAGCACGAUGGUCUUCAUGGAGUUCAGCAGGAUUGUGGGCAAGAACCUCAAGACGGAAUUCUAUGAGAGCAUCGACCGGCACAGUCAUCGUCUCCUCGAGUUAUUUGGAUCCAAGAGAGGGAAUGUUGGACAGACCAAUACUACAGAGCCAACUGAGUGUCAGAGGGCUUCCUAUCAUCCUGGGGACAACCCCACAGACUUCUUCAAAGGAGGCUUUGAAUCUGACGAUGAGGAUUCUUUUUGUGACCCAGACAUUGGGAUACUUCUUAUUGAGCGUAAAGGUGCUGUGCUCACAUCCUCCCAGCAUCUCAGUCCAGCCUCGUUGGAAAUCAUCAUUGAGGGAGAAGUCGUGAUGGACAACAUUCAAGAUCUGCCAAAAGCAAUGUGCAUUCUGUUUGGACUCAUGUAUGCACUCCAUCUUAACUACCCCAAGACUAUGAAGCUCACAUUUCAGUUCAUCCAACAGGUAUUGCUCUUGUUAGGCCACACUGACCUAAAGCCAAAGCUACAGACUUUGAAAAAUCAGCUCGCAAUGUAAAGAGAUGUCAAGUCUACUUUUAAGAAACUGUUGACUAUUUUUUUUUUCUUACCUGUGGGGUUAACCUUCUUAUUUUCUGUAAAACAGGUGGACAAACAGACGCAUAAAACGCACACACACACACACACACAGACACAUACAACACCCACAAACAAAACUGACACACCUAUACACAUAUUUUGUGGGAAGCGUGCCAAAGGAUGUGACUUGUGUGACAAUUUAAACUGAGCGGAGUUGUAGCGGAAAGACAUAGGAGAUUGUUAUAUUAUAUACAUGUUUCAGUUCUUCAUCAGUCUAUGUAGAUGGAAUUAGAUAUUGUUCUGAUAUGAUAGUCUGUUGGUUCAUGCUCUGGCCUCCCUUCAUUGAGGCAGAUGAAACAGAUCCUUUUUGUGAUUAGCUGUGUUUGGCCAUUUUUCUUAAAAGUAAAAUGCAUUGGAGCAUUUACAGGUGUUUCUGUUUUUUUUAUCCAAUUUAAUUGAAACAAUGUUUAAUAACGUAUUUAAAAACCAAUCAAAAGCAAAUUAAAUUAGAGGAAAAUACAAUAAUUGUGUUAAAUGAUGAGUAGCAAUAACAAGUCAUAAUAGCUAGUUUUAUCUAAUGAUUUUGAGUACACACUACUAAUAAAUAUAAAUACUAAA